AUGGCGCAUGGCAUAGCAGAUGAAGAUCCUACAAAAAAAGAAAUCAUCGAUUCACCAGAGAUUCUUGAUCAAAAACUUGAGCAACUGGCCGAAUGGGUUCGAAAUGCUAAGCAUUUUAUUGUGUUCACAGGUGCAGGCAUAUCGACAUCUACAGGUAUUCCUGAUUUUCGGUCCAGUAUGAAUACUAUUCUACCAACAGGACCGGGCGUAUGGGAACUUCGUGAUCAUCCAGGUGCUAAACGUUCUCCAAAAGCUUGUACAGUCAGUUUAAUAAAAGCAAUGCCGUCUGUUACACAUAUGGCACUUGUCGAAUUGGAGCGUCGAAAACUUCUUCAUUUUGUUGUUUCCCAAAAUAUUGAUGGCCUUCAUCUCAGAUCUGGAUUACCUUCAACUUCGAUAGCCGAACUACAUGGUAAUUCAAAUUUAGAAACAUGUAAAAAGUGCCACGCAAAAUAUUUACGUGAUUAUCAAACACGAACAGCCAAGAAAGCUCUUGAUCAUCAAACAACUCGUAAAUGUGCCAAAUGUCGUGCGACACUGUACGAUUCGAUUAUUAAUUUUGGCGAGAAUCUUCCUGAACAAGAUCUUGAAAACAGUUUUGAACAUGCACGAAAAGCCGAUGUUUGUCUUGUUUUAGGCUCUUCAUUACGAGUAACACCAGCGGCAGAUAUUCCACAACUAGUCGGUGAAAAUGGUGGCAAAUUAAUUAUUGGCAACUUACAACCAACACCAUUACUUGAAUUGGCCACUCUCAAUGUACAUUCGUUAUGUGACAAUCUUAUGCAAGGAUUGAUGGCUAAAUUAAAUAUUCCCAUACCUGAAUGGGAACUGCAUCGCAGAGUACGCAUUACAAUUAAAAAACAAAUAGUUUCAAUUAUGGGUCUUGAUCCUGAUCAAGAUAUUCCCUAUACGCUAUUCUCCGGGACGAGAAUACUAGUUCGGCAAGGUACUGCAUCUAAAUAUCAAUCACAACGGGUCAUUGGUUCCGAUUUCAUUGAGCAUAGAAUAACAUUGAACGAUAAUAGUGGUAAAAUGGACGUUUAUAUUGAAUUGAAUUGGCAAGGUCAUUACAAUGAACCCAUGUAUACAGUUCGAAUGCCGUUGAAAGAUUCGACAAAAGAUUUGCACUUAUUCUAUAAUCCAAAGCGUGGUGUUUGGCGGGAGGAAUAA